AUUAUUUAUGGUGAUUGAUGAAGUUUCUGUCGCAGUGUAAAAUUCUCUGUCUUUAUUUUUAUGUGUUUUUAAAUUUACAAGUUUUAUAAUCAUGAUGGAGGGCUCAUUGAGUAAGUGGACAAAUGUGAUGAAAGGUUGGCAGUACAGGUGGUUCGUGUUGGACGAGAACGCUGGCUUGCUCUCUUAUUAUACGUCAAAAGAGAAGAUGACGCGCGGCGUGCGGCGCGGCUGCGUCCGGCUCCGUGCCGCGGUGAUCGGCAUCGACGAUGAGGACGACUCGACUUUUACCAUCACCGUCGACCACAAGACCUUCCAUUUCCAGGCCCGCGACGGUUCGGAGCGCGAGCGCUGGGUGCGCGCGCUGGAGGACACGAUCGCCCGCCACGGGCGCCGCGAGCGCUGGGCGCGCGCCGUGCCCGCGCCCGCGCACCGCCACGGCGACCUGGAGCGGCGCGUCGCCGAGGCGGACGCGUACCUGCAGAUCAUGAUCGAGUUGGUUUCGAAAAUGAACACAAGAGUUUCGGAACUGGCCGAUCCACAGGAGAAGAGUAAAGGACAAGUCAUCUUAGACCACUCUAACGCAAUGUUGGAUAAUAUAAAACAUUCCAUAGUGCUUCUUCAAAUAGCUAAGAAUACCGUAAAUCCAGUAAACGGUGUGUAUCAAGGGCCGACAAAUCCAUCACAGCAACUUAUCAAAGAAGAUCUAUCUCCUCGAGUGGAAAUGGGAGCAGAGUGUCGAGAACUAUCAUCCCCCACGCAUUCGAUACCUCCCUUAGAACACAUCGAUGCCUCCAGACAAGCAAUGUCGCUGUUAGUACCUGACACGUCGUACUCAUCAUCGGAAGGUGAAGAUGACUUCUACGAUGCCGACGACGAACCCGCAGAUGCUGUGGUUCCUGGACCAAGCUCGAGUCGCACUUGCGGGGCUGAAGGCGCGGCCGAGGUCGAGGCGACGCCGCCCGCCGCCGUCGACUUGCCUCGGACGAGAGAUGGCGAGAUCGACUAUGACGCUUUGUACGAGGAUGACUCUGACAGUGAUCUCGGGUCGAUGGAGAACCAUGGAUCUGUCGUCACUCAUUUGCUAUCUCAGGUCAAAAUUGGCAUGGACCUUACCAAGGUUGUACUUCCAACAUUCAUCUUGGAAAGGCGAUCUCUCCUUGAAAUGUACGCGGACUCAUUCGCCCAUCCCGACCAAUUUGUUAAAAUAGUAGACAUGCCAACGCCAAAAGACAGGAUGGUACAAGUAAUCCGGUGGUACCUAAGCUCGUAUCACGCGGGGCGUAAAUCACAAGUGGCAAAGAAACCCUACAACCCAAUACUGGGUGAAAUAUUCCGCUGUCACUGGGAACUCGAUGGAGAAUCAGUUGAGAAUAACCCUAAUAAACAAGAAGUUGGCGAUGGCCCAGUUCCAUGGUGUUCGCCUGACCAACUAUCAUUCGUAGCAGAGCAAGUGUCUCAUCAUCCCCCAAUAUCCGCGUUCUAUGCCGAACACGUCAACAAACGCAUACAGUUCGACGCCUGGGUCUGGACUAAGAGCAAAUUCCUAGGACUCUCCAUAGGAGUACACAACAUUGGUAGAGGAUUGGUCACACUGUUGGAUCUUGGAGAGGAAUAUACGCUGACUUUCCCCAAUGGUUAUGGCAGAUCAAUAUUAACAGUGCCAUGGAUAGAGCUAGGUGGAUCUGUAGUGAUAGAAUGUCAACAAACGGGACACAAGGCGAACAUAGAGUUUUUGACUAAACCGUUCUAUGGUGGCAAAAAACACCGCGUUACGUGCGAAAUAUUCGCCGGCACCGAAAAGAAACCGUAUUACACCGCUCAAGGGGAGUGGAAUUCAAGGAUGGAGGGGAGGUGGAUGGAGAGUGGGCGCACCGAGGUACUGUUCGACGUGUCGGCGAUGAAGCCGCGCCGCAAGCGCGUGGCGCCCGUGUCGCGGCAGGCGGCGGGCGAGUCGCGGCGCGUGUGGCGGCACGUGACCGCCGCGCUGCGCGCCGCCGAUACCGACGCCGCCACCGCCGCCAAGCGCCGCCUCGAGCAGGCGCAGCGCGACGCGGCCAAGAGGCGCGCCGACAGCGGUGACAAGUGGCUCACGCAGUUAUUCAGCCCGAAAGGAGAAGAAGGCUGGGAGUACAACGAACCGCUGAGCAAACGCACGGAAGUACCCAAGUCGCCGCAACGUAAAGUCCCGGAGGCCGAAGCCAGAUAAUUGAUACAAUUCAAUUAUGGACUCUAAGAACUAUACUCUUAAGGCAGAUAUUUCUACGUCACGGUUUACGGAAAUUUAGCAAAAUUAGAUUUAAAAAAAAAUCUUUUCGUUACGCACCAACGUUUAUCGCUCUUAGUGAAAUUGUGUAAAGUGAAGUGAAAAUGUGAAAUAUACCCUUUAAAUACUAGGGCCUGUUCAACGGUUGUGGACGUUAUUUGACGGAAGAUGGUAUCCAACAGACAAAAGUUUGACAUGUUAUUUUUUACCAUCGAAUUAAACUAUUUCAAUGAGUAUUUCUAUUCGCAAAUAUAAAUUUAAAAGAUAUAGUUUAUUAAUUGCGGAGAAACAAGUCCUAAUGGCCUAGUCUUCAGUCUAUUCUUAUUUGCAGGAUAAACUGUAUCCACAACUAGAGAAACCCGUAAAUACGUUACUAUUCCCGUCAAAUUAAUAUAAGA